CGUGUAAGAUAGCAGGGAUGACACGUAAAGGGGUUCGAGCCUGGGCUCGAAUCCGCGUCCGCCGCACGAACUGAGCCUCAGUACAUGAGGGGCCGUCACCCUUUCCCCCCUCUUGCACACUUCGAUUUGUUGCAACUUGCAGCAACUAAUCCAAAACCCGGUGUCCUUUAGUGACCUCACAUCCUGUUUUCCUCACUUCCUUCUGAAUGGACCGGUUUGGGACGGUCCUGUCUCCGCGCGGCGUGGAGUUGUGUUGUGUUGGCGGGUGUCUGCAGACACAUGUUCGAUCUCCAGUGUUGCUAGGCUGCUGAACGGGGCACGCGAGCUAACUUUUGAUGCAACCGUUAGUUCACCUGACUAUGCAACGUAUCGUGCAUUGAUUGAGAAGAGAAAAGUGUCGUUGUUGAACUUCAGACAGAAUGAAGACGAAAGAGCCGACGAUUAUAAACCAGGGACUGGAGGAUGAGAUGGAGGUGUGGGGUUAUCGGCCCUGUGUAUGGAAGAUGAUCCUGGUGGGUGUAGGGACCGUGUGCUCCGGGGGUCUCCUGCUGCUCCUACUCUACUGGCUGCCUGAGUGGGGCGUUAAGGGUACCUGCACACACACCUCGCUGAGAGACGCACACACACUCCUGCUCAGGACCACGGAUGAGUUCAGUCAAUGGUUUCGAGCCAAAGUACACGUGAUGUUGGCUCCAGGGAAGGAACCCUUCGACAGCUUGGAUCUGAUGUCCACAGCUCAGCUGCCGAACGGAGCCGGAGACUACGGUAUCAGCGCUGUGCACGACGAGCAUCAUGGGAAAUAUGAGGCGCCUGUUCAGAUCCUCUACUUCACCCACCACAGUACCAAAUACUACUGGAACGAUAUGAUACAGAACUUUGAGUUCUAUAUAGGCUUGGAGGAUGUGAAGGUGAGCUGCGCGAGCAUCCACUCUGACCACAGCUCUGGACUUUCUAAAACACUGCAGGACUACAGGAGGUUGUUUUUCGGGGAGAAUGAGAUUGCUGUAAGAGUGCCGUCUCUGUUCAAGCUCCUCAUAAAGGAGGUCUUAAAUCCUUUCUACAUCUUCCAGCUCUUCAGUGUUAUACUGUGGAGUGCUGAGGACUACUACUAUUAUGCUACAGCCAUAGUUUUCAUGUCUGUGAUUUCAAUAGCUACCUCUCUGUACACCAUUAAAAAGCAAUAUGUGAUGCUGCAUGACAUGGUGGCAACACACAGCGUGGUCCGUGUUUCAGUGUGCAGAGGGAAUAAAGAAAUUGAACAGGCCAUGUCAACAGAUCUUGUGCCCGGUGAUGUCAUCAUUAUCCCAGCCAAUGGGAUGGUCAUGCCCUGCGAUGCUGUGCUCAUCCAUGGGACCUGCAUUGUAAAUGAGAGCAUGCUGACAGGGGAGAGCGUGCCUGUCACCAAGACGAGUCUGCCGAGUUCAGGCGAGGAUGCGGCAUGGACCUACAGCACGGAGGAGCACAAGAGACACACGCUGUUCUGUGGCACACACAUUAUCCAGACACGCUUCUACGCUGGAGAACUGGUGGAGGCUGUUGUGGUCAGAACCGGCUUCAGUACAGAGAAAGGCCAACUUGUCCGCUCCAUCCUCCACCCAAAACCCACAGACUUCAAGCUGUACCGCGAUGCAUACCUUUUCCUGUUGUGUCUGGUGGGGGUGGCGGGGAUCGGCUUCAUCUACACCAUUGUCCUCAGUAUCAUGAAAAAGGUUCCUGCUAAAACCAUUAUCAUUGAAUCUCUGGACAUCAUCACCAUCACCGUUCCCCCGGCCUUACCGGCAGCCAUGACGGCCGGUAUUGUGUACGCACAGCGUCGACUGAAGCGCGUUGGCAUCUUCUGCAUCAGUCCUCAGAGGAUCAACAUGUGUGGGCAGCUCAACCUGGUUUGCUUCGACAAGACUGGUACUCUGACUGAAGAUGGUUUGGACCUGUGGGGUGUGCAGACGGUUAAAGACGGCAGCUUUUCUCCCCCAGAGGCUGAUGCAGCUGAAGACAGUCUGGUUAACUCUGCGUUUGUGGCCUGCAUGGCUACCUGCCACUCACUGACCAAGAUCGAGGGCGAGCUCUCCGGAGACCCCUUAGACCUGAAGAUGUUCAGCGCCACAGGCUGGAUCCUAGAGGAGCCCACAGAGGAAGAGACUACACUCCACAAUCCCAUAAUGCCCACAGUCGUGCGACCUCCAAAGCAAGCCAUCCCUGAAGCCAAUCAGAACAAUCCUCUCACUCAGAACAUGGAGCUGAAUCAGUUACCAUCCUGUGAGAUCGGUAUCGUGCGUCAGUUCCCGUUCUCCUCCACCCUGCAGAGGAUGAGUGUGGUGGUACGGCGGCUGGGGGAGAAACACAUGGAUGCUUACCUGAAAGGAGCACCGGAGGUUGUGGCCAGCCUCUGCAAACAGCACACAGUUCCACAGAGCUUCACAGAGACUCUAGAGACGUACACCAAGCAGGGCUUCAGAGUCAUUGCCCUGGCUCAUCGACAGCUGGAGUCCAAACUCUCCUGGCACAAAGUGCAGAGCCUCAGCAGGGACCUGUUAGAAACCAACAUGGAGUUCCUCGGUUUGAUCAUCAUGCAGAACAAAAUAAAAGAGGAGACUGCCAGUGUUUUACGGGAAUUACGCCAAGCUAACAUCCGCACUUUGAUGGUCACGGGUGACAACAUGCUGACGGCUAUAUCAGUGGCUCGGGACUGUGGCAUGAUCCGUGCUCAUGAGAGGGUCAUCAUUGCAGAAGCUGCUCCUCCGAAGGAUUUCCACCCUGCUAGUAUCACAUGGCAUUACACAGAAAACCCCGUACAGAACAAGGACAAUCAGUCUGUGGAGAUGAACCUGGAGGACGGGGUGUAUGCACGGCAGGAACAGAGCUAUCACUUUGCUGUGACCGGCAGAGCCUUCGCUGUCAUCACCGAGCACUUCCCUCAGCUCCUGCAGAAGCUUGCUCUGAGAGCCACAGUGUUUGCCCGCAUGGCUCCAGACCAGAAGACUCAGCUGGUGGAGGUCCUGCAGAGCAUCGACUACACUGUUGGGAUGUGUGGUGAUGGUGCGAAUGACUGUGGAGCUUUGAAGAGAGCUCACUGUGGGAUCUCUCUGUCUGAGCUGGAGGCUUCUGUUGCUUCACCCUUCACCUCCUCCACCGCCAACAUCUCCUGCGUCCCCAACCUAAUCAGGGAGGGUCGAGCUGCCCUCAUUACAUCAUUCUGUGUGUUCAAGUUCAUGGCUCUCUACAGCAUCAUCCAGUACCUCAGUGUCACACUGCUCUACUCGAUUCUCAGCAACUUGGGAGACUUCCAGUUCCUCUUCAUUGACAUCGCCAUCAUCCUCAUCAUCGCCUUCACAAUGAGUCUGAACCCAGCGUGGAAGGAGCUGGUGUGGCGGCGCCCCCCCUCCAGUCUGAUCUCCGGCCCCCUGCUGUUCUCGGUGCUGACCCAGAUCAUCACCUGCCUGCUCUUCCAGGUGCUGGCCUUCCUCUUAGUGCGACAGCAGAGCUGGUAUGAGACGUGGACGCCUCAGUCAGACGCCUGCAAUGCCUCCCGCUCCGGCCUCUCCCACGGCCUGAAUGUAACGAGCCCUCACGACCACAAAAACAUCAAGAACUACGAGAACACCACCCUCUUCUACGUCUCCUCCUUCCAGUACCUGGCUGUGGCCAUCAUCUUCUCCAAGGGGAAGCCCUUCAGACAGCCCAGCUACAGGAACUGGCCGUUCAUGCUGUCCUGCAUCGCCCUGUAUACUUUUCUCCUCUUCAUCAUGUUGUAUCCUGUUCGUGCCAUCGACAACUUCCUGGAGAUCGUGUGUGUUCCCCACGACUGGCGCAUUACACUCGUCAUCAUUGUCAUCGUGAAUGCGGCUGUGUCUUUCAUUCUGGAGAUUUUGAUCGUUGACAUCGUCAUGCGGAGGCUAGUUUUCAGAAGCAAUCAGGGGCUAAAUCUGCCCACAGAGCCCCCCUCUUCUGACACACCUAAGGAGGCCAACCAGCACUGGGCCUCGUCCUUCCUCUCCUGGUUGUUCUGUCAGACCAACAAGCCCCCCCGGGUGCUCUACAUGCACCUGGCCCUGGAGCUGCAGGACAACACAGACUGGCCCCCCCGACCCUCCACUGUCACCUACGCCAGCAAUCCACAAUCCAGCCUCUCUGCCCCCCUCUGACACCAACAAGCAGACUACUGCACAGACUGAAGAUACAAUCACAGCUUGAGUUGAGCUCAGAGAAGAAGAUGAUGAUGAUGAUGAUGUUGUGUGAAGCGUCCUAAUAUAACAGACACUGUGAGCUGCUCAUACAGAAGGUUCUCCUCCAUUUUGAUUCAACCUCCUCAACAGACAAACUCUUGUCAAACUGCUGAAACAUGAGCCAGAGACCUCUGUUAAAAGAACAGCUCACCAUUUUGUGAAAUGUGGUACGCUUAAUCGCUCUAUUGCUAAUAUGUUAGACGACAAGGUUAGAAGACAACUCUAACUAUUCUAGGGUUAAACUAGAUGUUAAAACGUCAACUAACCACUGUGAGCCAAACAGCAGGUGAUUGCUGAUAUGUUUGUGAAGUGUGUGUUUGCAUGUAUGUGUGCAGCGCUGUGCGCUGCCUCAAUCCCAUCAUAAAACACAAUUAAAUCAAACAUGACUGAAACAAAAUGAAACUCACCAAACCUGUGAUGGUUAGGUCUUUUCAACUUUCCAACAAUCACCAACUGGUUUGUUUGAAAUAAGCCCUGCAGUUUUUACUGCUGCCCUUUUUCUCGGGGCGGGGGAAUCAUGAAAUUAUCCAAAUAAGAUGGCCCCAAAAAUGUUUUAUAUAAAAUAUAUGUUUCCAUUGCCUCACCCUAAUCUAAAGUAAAGGCAGUGACAGCAAUUGGUUAGUUUAUCACAAACACUGGUUGCUGGAAGCCAGAAGUUUAUACAUAAGUCAACAUAUUAACAAGCUAGGUUUAUUCAUUAAUAGUCUAGAUCAUAAUUAGUCUAAAAUACAACCCAAUGCAGUUUUCAUUAAACACACAUCAGAAUGGGAUCAAUCUUCUCAGAUAAUUCAGCAAGAAAAAACCCAGGACAUUUCACAAGUGAGAAGUCAUUCCUUUAAGAGGAGUAGAUGUCUUAACUACUUUGGCUGGCUGUUUAGCUCAGCCAGGUCAAUCAACAGCUUCACUGUGAAUAAGCACGCACUGUCUUCCACUAGCAUUAGCUGCUGCUAUAAUCCUAAAGUUGUGAAACAGUGUUAGGAUGUAUGGAUUCAAAGACACAUGGGACACUUUUUUUUUUUCUAAGAUAACAAACAUCCCGCUGCUGCAUUUCUGUCUUAGGGUAGCUUCAAUCGAAGUUCUUCCUGUGGAAGAGAGAAACAGGAAUGUCUGUCCCUAUGUUCUAAAUUGUAUUGACGGACCAUGUGUGUGCUUGUGUGGAACAGAGCAAAAAAGUGCAUUGCUUAAAAAGAGAAUAAACCAUUUCUGUGUCCUUUGAUGCUUAGUAAAGUCAUAACAUGACUUAAUUUUUUUAAUGAAAUGAAAAAGAAUGACACCGUUUCAAAUCACUAAGGUACUCUGCAAGACUGAUCAUAUUUAAUGACUCAAAGCAAGUGAAUGAAUCAAAACGAAUCAAUGAGACACUUGCUGCUGUGAUGAAUUUAUAAUAGUUGAUUCAUCUUUUAAUUUUCAUAUAAUAUUUGUCUGUAACUGUUUACAGCUGUUGUAUGUGUAUUUUAAGUAACAAUUAAAAUGAAUAAAUGAAACAU